UGUGUGGAUGGGUGGGUGUGUGUGAGAGUGUGUGUGUGUCUUUAGACUGAGUAGAUACGAGCACACGCUGACACUAACGUGGAUAUUAAUAAGGAUUAUCUUAACUUCACGCCACCACCUAUCAGUGUUGCUGUUGGAGAUGUUGUCUUCUCUGGUUGUGGCCGUGCUGGGUUUCUUCUGCUUCAGCUUGGAGACCAAUGCGUCUCCUCUGGGACCUCCGCUGCUCUACGGACCCGACGUAGCGCUGGACGGACACGUCGUUGAGUUUGGGUGUCGGGUGCUCCGCCCCCCAGGAGAGCCCCUCCUCCUGCAGCUGUUCAGGCAGGGGCUCCGCUCCAGGGCCCUGGCUUUCUACACCUCCCUGGACGGCAGCCCGGCCGUCUUCCCCAUGGUGGUCCGACGCGCCUCCCACGAGGGGAACCUGGAGUGUGUGGCCAGCGUGCAGAACAACUCCCGGAUCCAGCCCUCCGUCAGCCCACCGCAUCGCCUCAAGGUCCUGGUGCCCGUGGGCGGAGCCACGCUCGCCAUCCGCUCCCGGGAGGAGGAGUUCUUUGAGGGGGAGCGUCUGGUUCUGAGCUGUAACGUGACGUCAGGGAACUACGUCUCCUACAGCUGGCUGCUGGACGACCAGCCCCCCCCCGGCCCCGCCCCCCAGCCUGGCCCCGCCCCCCACCACACCCACCAGGACCUCCUCAUCCCCAGAGCUGGACCGCAGCACUCUGGGAGCUACGUCUGUGUCGCCUCCAACCGAUACAACGACACCGAGGUCUACCGCGCGGCCAGCCCCAAGGUCAUGAUCACAGUCAAAGAGUUGGCCUCCCGCCCUGACCUCUCCUACGCCGUGGAGAAGCAGAACCAGACCUUCUCGGCGCGGGUCACCUGCCUGUCCAGCAGAGGGACCCCCCCGAUCACCUUCUCCCUCCUGGGGGGCGCCGUGCUCCUGGCCCGGCAGACCUCCGAGCAGGGUCCGAGCACCUCCUUCAGCGUGCCCCUGGUCCCGGACGCCCCGCCCCGAGGGCUGCGCUGCCGGGCCGAGAACGGGGGGCGGGUCGCGGACGGGACGGAGACGGCCGUACACGUGGCGCCGGUGGGCGGGCCGGUGACCCUGACCUAUGAGUACAUCACGGCGGAGGACUUCUCCGUGACCGCGGUGACGUUCUUCUGCCGGGUGGCCAAGGGGAGCCACGCCCGCUUCCAGUGGUUCCUCAACGGCACCCUGCUGGGCCCGGACGCACCGGCCUUCUACACCCUGCUGCAGCCGUCCGCCCGGCAGUCUGUCCUCCUGCUGCCCGUGGACAGACGGAGCUCCGGGACGUACCACUGCCGGGUGUCAGACCUCUACGACAACACGACGGGGGUCCCGAGCGGGAAGCUGUACCUAGACAGAGAAGCGCUGAACCGCCUCUCCAGCGCGGUCGUCGCGGUGGUCUUCAGCUGCUUUGGUCUGUUGAUCGCCUGCGUCUCCGCCUGCUGCUGCGCUGGGCUGAUCGGCAGGAGGAGACAGGAGCGCCUUAAACCGACGUGGACCUCCGAGGUGAGGGGCGUGGUCCUGGCCUUUGAAGAGGAUCUGGACUGGGAGGAGUACCGAGAGCAGGCUGAGGGCCUCACCGCCGCCGGAGUGGAGUCUGAUCUGCAGGAGGCCCUGGCCUCGGAGGAGGAGGAGGAGCAGCGGCCGGAGAACCGGGAGACUCAGAGGAGAACACGGAGCGAUGAGGAGAACACGGAGCCAUGAGGAGGAGAACACGGAGCGAUGAGGAGGAGAACACGGAGCGAUGAGGAGGAGAACACGGAGCGAUAAGGAGGAGAACGCAGGAGGAGCAGCCAGAGAACCGGGGAACCGGAGCUGAACAGCGCUGGUCUGAACAGAACUCUCAACUGGUCGGUUUGGGACCAGAAAACAUCUGUAAUCUGAUAUAAGGUUCCCCGGUCAUAACCAACAGCUUUAAUAUAUGACAUAAUAAUAAUAUAGAUAAAAUAACUUAAAGAACUGGUCUGCCUCGACUUUUAAUGUACACAUGUCUUCCAAUAAUACAGGCACGGCCUGUGUCAUUUUGUUUUCAGGCAAAGUGAUACCUUUUUUUCCCUAGUUAUUAUUUUUAUUAUUAUUGUAAUAUAAUACAUUAUUAUUACUACUAUUAUUAAUCCCCCUGCUGGUAACCUGCGGUAACAGCAGGUCAGCUGCCCCUGCUGAUUCCCUAAGGUAACAGCAGGUCUGCCGCCCCCUGCUGGUAACCCGAGGUAACAGCAGAUCUGCCGCCUCCUGCUGGUACCAGGAGUUACUGCUGUCUGGAGAAAAACGCCACGUACAAUAGGGUAGCAUAAUCCUUUUAAUGUGACUGGGUUAGAACCAUUACGUUUGUUCAAUUAGGGUUAGGAAUUCCACGUAUGCCUAAGUCUGUAAUAUUAAAGCUUAGUGGAUACUCGCACUGCACUGGCAUAGUUUAAAGUAUCCAACAUUUAGAUAAUCGUGUCGUCAUUCCCAUCCCUCCACGACGCUAUCUGGUUGGGAACAGACCUUUUAAUAAAGUCAUUCAUUAAAAUUAAAAGUCAUAAAGGCACAAACUUUCUUAAGUCAACGGGUUUCUAAAGCUCUAAAGCAAGUCUGGUGUACAGUCAAUAAGACGCGUGACGUCAGACGCCCAGUCAUU